GGAAUGCUUCGACUCACAUCACGUGACCACACAUGUGCUAAUAUGGCGGCGAGGAAUAUGAUGGGGAAGAUGGUCGCCAAAGUGCCACACACAUUAGACUCAGGCUCUGAUUAGUGUUGAUGGGUAGACAUAAUGAGUUCCAUAGCUUCCGAACGCGCAGAUCACCGACGUCCAGACGAUGCCAUGCCACCAAGCAGACGAGGCUUGCGACAGCGCAUACCAUACAGGAUGUUUGGGAAGAGGCUGGACACGACGAGGAGGCUGGUGGUGUCCAGCAAGGUGUGGAUGAAGACCAUCCCCACCCAGAACUGCGAUGUCCUUCUCACGUUUCCUGCCAAGGCUGAUGAUGCAACUCUCAUGUGGCUCCUUGCACGGCUCAAGACUCGCACUCCCCAGAUCAUCGUUCAUGUCCGUCAUCACAGCAACUCUGGCAUAUAUGGCUUCUACAUGACAGCUACGUAUGAGAAUUUACUGAAAGGGACGGAGGAGCUGGGCAUCAAGAAGCCGCUGAAGACGGACUAUGGAGGCGGGAUGAAGGAGUUCACAUUUGAGGACCAGGAUUGUUUCGCUGGUGUUGAGGAUGAGAAGUCCUUCCUGACCAGCCAGGAAAGACAGAGCAUCCUCUACCACCUGCUGUGUGAGCUGCGAGCUGUGGAGGGAGAGCAGCUCGCCAAGAUCAGGUUCCUGGAAGGUCAGCCCAUUGUUCCCCGCCUGGAGUCCGGGAAGGUCAUCUCCCAGGUGUUCCCGCUCCACAACAAGGACGACCUCGCCGAGCUGCGCAGCUGCUGGGUGCAAGCUUUCUUCCGGAAACAACCACAACAGAAGAUCUGUGAGUACUUUGGUGUGAAGAUAGCUCUGUAUUUCGCCUACCUGGGACACUACACCAUGUCCCUGUGUUUCCCAACACUGCUGGGGAUGGUUUUCUGGUUCAUUCAAGAUUCACAGGAGAUAGAGGACAUCUGCUUUGUGACGUACGCCUUGUUCAAUGUGAUAUGGGCGACCUUGUACCUGGAGCACUGGAAGAGAACCAGCUCCGAGCUGGCCUACAAGUGGGGCACCCUGGACAAGAAAGAUGAGCUCAUCAAGGAUCCCAGGCCGCUGUAUAAGGGCGACCUGGUGAAGAGUCCUGUCACAGGUCGGAUGCAGCCUUUUUACCCGUCCUGGAAACGCAACUUGUUUCGGUACCUUGUGAGCUUCCCCGUGAUCGGCGUGUGUCUUUUCGUGGUGUUCGCUGUGAUGCUGCUUAUCUUCCAGCUACAGGAAUGGGUCAACGCCCUCAUCGCUUCAGAUGAUAUUCCCGCAUUCCUUCGGUUCUGCCCUAAAAUCCUGCUUGCCCUGUGUAUAACAAUUUUUGAUGAACUUUACCGAGUCAUUGCUGUUUGGCUCAAUGAUAAGGAGAACUACCGAUUGGAAGAAACAUACGAAAAUCAGCUUAUAUUAAAACUAGUUUUGUUUCAGUUUGUCAACUCCUUCCUGUCACUGUUCUACAUUGCCUUCUACCUGAGGGACAUGGACCGCCUGAGAGAGCAACUGGCGGCGCUGCUCAUCACCAGACAGGUGAUUGGUAACCUGAAGGAGGCCCUGCUGCCGUACCUGGUGUGGAAGGCGCGGCUACUGAAGGUGGGGCUCCAGAUCACGGGACAGAUGUCCCCCUCCAGCCUCGACAAGGAGAUGAAGGAGAUGACCAGUGGGGUCAGGUGUCGGCGGCGUGGUCCGGAGGGAGAGGGCACGGAGGCAGCCGACAGCAGCCCUGAACAGGAGCAGGAGGAGACAGAGUCUGGUCCUGGAGAAGCAGGGGAGGAGAGUCCACAGCAGCGUCUGGCCAACAACAUCCUCCACAAGGAGAAGCUGGAGGACCCUGUCAUAGAGACGGCGCAGUCCCCACUCGGGGAGAAGAUGAGUGGUCCAACACUCACACAGGCAGAGGUGGAGAGUGCCAUGAAGAAGUAUGAGGACACAUAUGAAGACUACCUGGAGAUGUUCAUCCAGUUCGGCUACGUGACGCUCUUCUCCUCGGCUUUCCCUCUAGCAGCGCUGUGUGCCCUGCUGAACAACGUCAUCGAGAUCCGCAGCGACGCCUUCAAGCUCUGCGUCAACCAUCAGCGCCCGUUUGGCAAGCAGGUGGAGAACAUUGGCAUCUGGCAGGAUGCCUUGGAGGUGAUGGGUGUGAUUGCUGUCAUCGUCAACUGUGCCCUGAUUGGGAUGUCCGGCCUGACACAAAGAAUGAUGCCGAACAUGGAUGACAUCACCACCAUCAUCGUCAUCAUUGUACUGGAGCAUCUGAUCCUCUUGCUCAAGUUCUGGAUUGCCUAUGCUAUUCCUGACAUCCCGGACUGGGUGGCACAUGAGAUGGCCAAGGUGGAGUUCCAGAGAAGAGAGGCCCUCAAGAGACUUGAAGCUCAGACGUCCCCAGGACUUAACUCACCAGACAUCAGACGUCGCUGUACAUCUGAAAACGUGUCAGAUAGUCCUCGCCAAGGCCGACCCCCUGACAGUCCCAGGAACUCGAACCAGGUGCCUUCCACCCUUCCCGGGCUCCGGCCUUCACCUCAAGCUGCCCCCCAACCUCCACCCAGGGGCUCCCUCACUCAAGCCUCAGGAAGGGGGGCCACUGCUCAACCUCUCGGCCAUUGUCCAUCUAUUCCAUCACGCUCACCAAUUGUGCGUAGCCCGGACCAUAGGGGCCAGGUCAGUAGCCCUCAGAAAAGGCAGCAUCCAAGCACUGAUCCCUGGAGCCAAGCUCAAGACGAAGGUCAGGUUCAAGGUUAUUCUUCAGAGCUUAGAGGUCACCCUGGUGGUAGAUCUGUACCCAGAAGUCAGUCAUUGUCGUCCAUUCAGGUGUCAAACUCACCACCAGGUGGCACUAGAUGCCGUAGUGUCCCAAAGUCCCCCCCAGAGGCAGGGUCUGAGUCCUCGAACAAACAGAAUCAUCAGUCAAAGGAGGGCCAGGAGAGUCCGUCUGAUGGGUCGAGUGUUGAUAUCCAGAGACACACCUCUCAGUCCUCAAACAGAAUGGAAUCUGUCAGGGGAACUACCAGGAAAUCAUCUGAUUCACAGUUUCAUGUGUCAUCUUACAGAUCGGAGCAGAUGAUGAAUGCUCAGAACACCGAUGCUCGACGUAUGCUCACCCGACGUACGUCAGACUCUCAUAUCCUCUCCAAGUCUUCCUCCAACUCAUCGCAAUCCCCUGAUCACAAACCUCACAUGAGUUCUCGGUCAGAGUCACGUGAAAUCAUUCCAGAAUCAGGAAACAGUUACAGAAGUGAGAGAGACUUCAUGACAGUUAUUCCUGGAAGUAGCAUUGUUCAGCGCCGACCACAACCAGCCUCAAGCGACUCCCAGACCAGAGACAAUGCUAGUCCCAGCUAGGUUGUGGCCAUGGCACAAACUGCGUCGACACAGCGGCAGUAACAGCCGUAACAGAGCAUUCUGUUGCUAGGUAACAGCCAGGUGCUUCUCAUGGCUUCUCUAUCAAGAUGAAUACUUCUGGUGAUGGUGUUGAAGAUGAUGUUCAACUUUUACAGUCAUAAUUUGAGACGGGUUGUGUACAGAUUUCUUUGUGAAAUGGAUCAAUAUCCAUUAGCCUGCCUGCUUGGAACAGAUGGAGUCAGCAAGAACAAGAUUACAGCUUUGGGAUACUUACAGAACAUAAACAGCUUAGAUCACUCUCAAGUUAAGGCAUUCAUACAUCAUACACCCCUUGAGAAGCUGGUAGAACAGGACAGUUGGAGUAAGCAGGAUGAAAAUCAGAAUACAGUUUAAAGCUGGCCAUGAAAACACAUGAUUGUUUGAACUUUGUUCUUUUGUCCAAAAAAGACAUUUUCCUCGUACAAUGAAACUUUGUUACUUUGAGUCCAUUUUUAACUUUACACAUCAGACAAUUUAACUUAAGUCCUGGUGCUUUAUUGGCACUGUGGUUAACUAUCAGCUCCUGCCUUGAACUAUGUUGUACAUGUUGCUCUCUGUGUUGGACUGGAAGUGUUUUGUUGAGAUGGUCCCUGACUCACUGGCUACAGUGGAUGUUGUAGAGCAUCUUGAAGGCAACUUAAUUUAUAUACAUUUGAGAUAUUGUUCUUUGUCCACAAGAUGUGUGAGGACUGUCAAUAAUGUGUCCCAUUGUUCACAACCUGACACUGUAGCCCCUUGUGAUGGUUGUAAGUCCUUAAGUUGCUUCAGGGAUUAAUUGAUUGUAAUCUAUUGAAUAAUGUAAGGUUACAAUAGACCCAGUUUAAGGUCAGUUUAAUGUCAAGUGUUUACAAGUAUGGUACAGAUUGUUUAUUUA